UCCCACCGCUGCAGCAGCAACACGGACAGACACCGUCGCGACGACGAGCACGCGCGGUCGAUGCAGUGCGUUUUUGUCGCUCGAACCGAUUCAUCCGAAUACGUCUAACGGACAUUAUAUUAAAAUAUUAUUACGUUUGUGUUAUGUUUCGCGUACUCGUCGUCGUCGCGGUGAUCGCGGCCACGUCGGUCAUUUAUGCAGGUGGUGUAACGCGUAGGACGGUCAGGAGGCAGCGACAGUACUUGGACAACGGCGGAUACGAUCGCGACGCGGCCACAAGUAGUAACGUUUGUCCAGAAAGAAACGGACGGUACCCGUUGGGCAAUCAGUGCGACAAAUAUUUACAAUGCGAGAAUGGCGUACCCGCAGAAAAGCUAUGUCCCGACGGACUGUUCUUUAACUCUAAGUCAUCGAUAUUCUCUUACCCGUGUCAAUAUCCACCAGAAGUAGAUUGUGAGGGAAGAACCCAAUUGCAACCCCCGCAAUCCACCAGCGACUGUCCAAGACAGUUCGGUUACUUUCGGCUGGGCGACGAGACAAAAUGUGGUCAAUUUCUUAAUUGCGUAAACGGCAUAGGAUAUAAAUUUGAUUGUCCUGAAGGAUUGGCAUUCAAUGAGUUGACGUUUAGAUGUGACUGGCCGGAUCAGGUAGACACGUGUGACGCAGAAGCAUUUCUUGGAUUCAGAUGCCCACCUGAAGAGAACCCGCUGGAAGGUCACAAGCUCCAUCCUAACUCUAUGGAUUGUCAAAAAUUUUACCUUUGCGUUAGCGGUAGGCCUAGGCUAUACAAUUGUGGAACAGGACUAGGGUUCAAUGAACUUAUUGGUGCUUGCGACAUCAGGGAAAACGUAACUUCGUGUUACUCCAGAACACCAGAUAAUUUUGUUCGACUAGGAUGAUAUUUAAAAAGCGUAUGGACAACUAUUAUAAUAUGAAUAUCAAUGGAAGUUACCUUUUAUUUCGACUUGCUCCUGUCGGAUGAACACACACAUGAAACUAUAACGGAAGUGUAAUAAGCUGUAAUGUGACUAUAAUACUUUAUUUUAUUUUACCCUUGUUAUAAUAAAUUAAGUUUUAACCAUCAUAUGUGCCAAUAAACAAUUUCGUUAAAAUCUAAAUUGUAUCUAGUUUACGAUUCCUUUAAAAAUUACCAAUUCUUCAUGUUAUUACAAGUUUAAUAUAAAAAAUAUAUAUAUAUAUAAAUAGUAUUGUUUGUUGUUAUAUUUAAUAUUAAACUUUUUUUUUUUAUGUCAAUAAUAUUGAAUAUGUAUUAUUAUUAUUAUAUAAUUAAUGUAAUGUAAACCAAGUCGAUUUACUUGAAUGUGUAAUAUUAUAUAUUUGAUAUGUGUGGUAACAAUAAAAUGGUUGGUACCAAUGACAUAUUUUAUUUCAUGUGUUAUUUUAAUGAAAUUCUUAAAAAUAUUAAGAUAAUGACACAUGAGCUACAAUACUCAUACCUACAAAUUUGAUGAUAUUAUGUAAAUAUCUUAUUUUAUAAGACUCUAUGUAAUUUAAUAAAAUAGUAUGCUUUAUUAUUUUAUAUCGUCAAUUAUGUUUUAAGACUUAAUUAUAGGUUAUAGAAUACAUUUUGUGCCAUAUAUCACCUUAAUUCUCAGGUGGUCACCCAUCCAAAAACAAACAACCUAAGUAGCAGCUUAACGAUAUACCAGCUAUAGUGUCUAGAAUGUUCACUCCGACACUUCAUACAAAAAUAACACGAACUUUGAGUUAACGAUUUUAACGACGGUACCUACAACAAUCAAACUUUACUAAUUUGAACAAAGGGUUGCAAUAUACCUCUCCACUCACCAGUGAGCUACGUGCACGCAUUAUCGGGUUAGACUAACCUUACUUUUGAAUAAGGGUUGCAAAAUUAUCGCAGUAACUUGUAUUUAUAUUUUAUAUUAAUUAAUAAUGUACCUAUUAGUUUUGUAUUUUAUUAAUUUAGAAAAGUUUUAUAACAACUGUAGCGUCAGUUUUUAUUUUUGUAUAAAAUUAUUUAUAAAUAUUAUACCUAUUAAUUAAUGAUAUUGUAUUGAUUUUAUUUAAGUAAUUUAUACAACAACGUAUUACUUUUAAACUAAACUAAUAAAAUAACUAUGUACAAUU